AUGGCCCAACAUAAUCCUAUUUCUGCCAUGCUCCACCAACCAGAUAAAGAAUUUGAUAGUCAGUCUUCUUCUUCUUCUUCUGACCAAGAAGAAAAUUCUGAAGAGAAUGAAACUUGUGACGAGUCUAAAGACUCAGAUACUUCUGAUGAUGACGUACCCCCUUAUUUUAUGGCUCAAUCUGCAGAAGAAGCAUACUCUCAACCGAGCCUAUUGUCAAAAGUGAAGAUGAAAGUGAAGAAGAUGAAGAAGAAGCAGCUACAAAGAACACAGAAUCCAAGCAUCACCAAAAGAGCAAAGUUUGUAGCAGACGAGAUUUACUCAUCAAAUGCCCUUCUGAAUCAUCGUGUUCCUGCAAAACCCCAAAGAAAAAAAACCAAGUUCAAGACGUUCAAGUUCUUGAAACACAAGGGACGUAAAAUAAAAUUUUUACGAAAGAAGCGUGACUUUCGCAAAAAAUCUGAUCGAUGUUUUGUGUGUGGAAAAAAGGGGCAUUAUGCAAAACAGUGCCCAAAAGGAAAAACAGUCAAGCUUAUAUCACAUAUUCAACAAACGACCGGAAUGUCUCUUAAAGAGAAUGACAUAGAGUCAAUCUUCUCCACCGAUGAUGAAUUCAACUCAGAAUCCCUUUGUGCAUUCGAACAAUGGAGUGAUUCAGACACUCCAGAAUGCUAUCAAAUGUUCACUAUUCACACAAUGCAGCCAUCCUCUGUCCUCACUGUGCGAGUUCUUCCAAAAAAAUAUGCCAAGCCGAUAAAAGUGGCCGGAUUCUUUGACACGGGAGCAUCAUACACAAUAAUGAACCCUGAUAUUCUUCCGAAAGAAUAUUGGAAGAAAGAGAAACAAUACUUCCAUGCUACAAAUGGAGGUAUUUUUUGCACAAAACUCAUCAGCAAACCGAUUCGGUUGCAGUUCUUCCCAGGGUGUUCUGUUACUCACAGAGUCAUUGGAUCAAAAUUGCCCGAAAAAGACUUAAUUGUUGGAUUCGAUCUUCAUACAAAGAAAAAGGGUUUGCGUAUUCUCCCUAGUGGACUUGGUUACAUUCGACAUUUUGCUCCAUGGGAAACAAUACCAAACUAUUUCUUAAUGCCCCAUGACCCAUUUCAUCAGAUAAAGAAAGAACUCAUCGAAGUCUUAUGUGCCAAUAAUCAUGCAGAAUUUCUGAAGAAAUGUGACCAUCCUCUUUGGAAAAAUCAACAGUUCUUCAUAAGCCUUCCUUUUAAGCUUAAUGAAGAUAUCAACCCUACAAAGGCUAGUCACCCAGGCAUGAAUCCAGAACACCAACAUAUGGCGUCCAAUGAGUGCAAAGAGCUAGAGCAGCAGGGUUUAAUAGAGGCAACUUCCUCUCCAUGGGCAUGUCAUGAAUUUUAUGUCAAUAAUCGAUUAGAGCAAGCUCGAGGAAAGCAAAGGUUGGUCAUAAAUUACAAGCCCCUGAAUGAGUUCUUAGCAGAUGAUAAAUUCCCAAUACCAAAUAAGAAUUCAUUGUUUGCCAGUUUAUCCAAAGCCCAUAUUUUUUCAAAAUUUGACCUAAAAGCAGGAUUUUGGCAAUUAGGCAUCAAACCAGAUGGCGACCCAAAACAGCCUUUUGCAUUCCAAAUAAUCAUUUCCAGUGGACUGUCCUACCAUUCGGGCUCAAAAUUGCCCCUUCCCUAUUCCAAAAGGCUAUGA